CAUUUUUGUGUUGUACAUAGAUUUGUGUGUUUGUACAGAUAUACAAUACAAUAUCCGUAUAUAUGUCCAGCGGCAACGUGAACGCGAGCACACUCUGUCUCUCCAUACAUCCACUGUUCUGUGUAUAAUAAAAUACAGUGUUAGAAGUGGCUCAUAAACAUCCACCAAACAAAUUCAAAACAAUUCAUUAGAGACGUCCUAACACUAUUAUUAACUCCAAGCACCAAAUGCAUCCCCUUUUCUACUUCAGUAUCCGCAAUGCCUCCCUCUCUCCUCCUCUUCAUCCUCCUCCUCCUCUCUGCCUCAGCCCACGGAGGCGCCGACGCGGACCCACUGCCGGCUGAGCCGCCAGACCUCAGAUCCAAGUCCCUAAUUCUUGUCAAAAUCUGGUCUCUGAUUCUAGUAUUCGUUGUUACAUUUACAGCUGGGGUUUCGCCCUACUUGAUGAAAUGGAACCAAGGGUUUGUUGUAUUGGGGACACAGUUCGCCGGUGGAGUGUUCUUGGGUACGGCUCUGAUGGAUUUCCUCAGCGAUUCAAAUGAGGCUUUUCAGAAUUUGACCUCCAAACACUAUCCCUUUGCGUUCAUGUUAGCGAGUGUGGGGUAUUUGCUCACUAUGUUAGCCAAUUGUAUCGUUCUCCAUAUCCAUCGAAAACGAACUAGUAGUGGCAUCCCUCUGCAAGGCAGUGUGCAGCGGAGAAAACCUAGCAGUGAUGUUGGAACUUCACAGUCACAAAUUCAGCAGGUUGACAAUGGCACAGAUGAUUAUGUGGAAGCCUCGUUUUUUUAUGAUACUUCCUUUUGGGACACCGUCUUGUUGAUUAUAGGCUUGAGUUUCCACUCUGUAUUUGAAGGCAUUGCAAUUGGAGUUGCAGACACAAAAGCCAGGGCUUGGAGAGCCCUUUGGACGGUGAGCCUGCACAAGGUUUUUGCGGCCAUUGCAAUGGGAACAGCCGUCCUGCAUAGUAUUCCGGACUAUCCUCUCAUGUCAUGUGUUGCUUAUGCUUUUGCCUUUGCCAUAUCAAGUCCUAUUGGUGUUACUAUGGGGAUUGUGAUAGAUGCCACGACGCAGGGCAUUGUAGCAGACUGGAUCUGUGGCAUUUCGUUGGGCCUUGCUUGUGGGGUUUUCAUUUAUGUCUCCGCUAAUCAUUUACUAUCCAAGGGUCACUUACCACAGAGGAGGGUUUCGGUUGAUACUCCUCAGUACAAGUUCUUGUCUGCACUUUCGGGGGUUGGGGUGAUUGCUGUUGUGAUGAUUUGGGAUACCUAAAGUGGAGUUGAUGAAAAUGCUUGCUUUCUGCUGGCCUUGUUCUUGCUUUUUAAAUCAGUGAUCGCAAGAACCGAGAUGACAGAAUUUGUAUUUCAUAAUGAUACACGCUCCAUGAAGUUUUAGGUGAGUGAACAUAUACUUAGAUUUUAGUGGAUUGACUGUGUCAGAGUUUGAUAAAUGUGACAACUGUUACAUAUAUAUUUGGGUAAAUAUCUGACAUCUGUUCUAUUUAUAUUGGUAAAUAUCUAAUAUCUGUUAUAUAGCUUGCAUAGACAA